AUGGCUCACCUCACCGAGUGCUAAAACCUUCCCAAAUUUGAUCCCCUGCGCAUCCGCGCGCCCAUCCAUCACAAUCUUGGUCCCCUGUGUUGGUCCUCUGCUAGCAGCAGCAAGCAAGCAAGCAAGCAACGAGGAAGCAGCGAUGGCGUUCGUGCCGGUGUGCGUGCAGUGCGGGACGCGGAGCAACCCGUGCCGGUGCAAGGUGCUCGGCCCGACGCUGGGGUUCGUGGCCUUCGUGGUGGCCGGCGUCAUCGAGUGGCCGCUGGGGGCCGCCGUGUACCUGUUCCGGCACCGCAAGGGCCGCCGCAUCAUGGCGCACCCGGCCACCGUCGUCUACCCGCGCAUCACCAGCGCCAUCCCCAUCUAAUCAAUCCGCCGGCCGGUGGUGUCGCGCGCGGCUCCUGAAUAUCUAUCCCGAUCGGUGCCGUCGCCUCUCUAUUACUCCGUACUUUUAAGCCGGCCGGGUUGAGGGGGCUGUGUCGCCUGCGUAUUGAGAUGUCACUGUCAGUCCCAAUGUGUGAAUCCUUUUUUACAUCUUCUUUCUUUUCCUCUCUCAAUAAGAGUGUCAAGCGUGGGGUUUCGGUUCGUACAUUUGCGCUCCGCUUGUAAUGAUCACCGUAGCGUGAAUGCACGUAACAUCAUCAAUGUAACUCCCUGGAGCAUACUGUCUGCUG